CCUCAGCUUACCUCAGCAUCUCUGCUUCUCAAGCCACCAACACCACCAGAAUGGCCUUCGCUGGAAGAUGGGAAACCGAGACCCAGGAGGGAUACGAUGAGUUCUGCAAGCUGAUUGGUAUCCCUGAUGACAUCAUCGAGAAGGGUCGUGACUACAAGCUCAUCACAGAGAUCACCCAGGAUGGAGAUGAAUUUUCCUGGACUCAGGUCUACCCCACUGACGCCAAGGUCACCAACAAGUUCACAAUUGGAAAAGAGUGUGACAUGCAGACCAUUGGUGGGAAGAAAUUUAAGGCCACAGUAAACACAGAGGGAGCUAAGCUGGUAGCAAACUUCCCCAACUACAAGCAAGUCAGUGAGAUCAGUGGGGGCAAACUCAUCGAGACCUCCACAUGUGGCUCUGUAGUGCUGAGGAGAACCAGCAAGAAGCUCUAACUACCAACUGACCUUUGACCUCCUGUUCAGUUACA